AUGGAAGGGACUAAAGAAAGAUACACCCUCAUUCCGUAUUGCACUCCCUUUGGGCAUGUUGUUGACUUCAAACCUGCUGUUAUUUCUAAAUGUCAAGGAUCAAAGUGGGAAGGAGCUGGAAAGAAAAUCAAGAAAAAAUUUCGAGAUCCGACUUUUGAUGCGACUAAGCCUUCUUCAUCAAAAAACCAAGAGUUCUUUGAAAUUGAGUACCGCUCUUUCGAAAAUUUCAUUCUUUAUUGGAACCCAUCUGCUUGGAUGACAAGACAGAUCAUGAUCGCGGAAGUUUACCGUCUUUCACUUCAUUUGAAGUCGAAAUCACCAUCAAAAAAAUAUCUUGUCAUGAUGGACAAUUGCAGCUCGCACAAGAAGCUUCCGAUGCUGGACAACCUCGAAUUCGUCUAUUUCCAGCCGGGUUGUACCGGCUGGCACCCAGGGUUCAGUAUUGUCAAAAACGGGAGCUAA